CAUGGGCAGCGCUUUUGCGGGCGUCGGGGCGUCGGGCGACCUCAACUUGCAGGUGCUCACCCUUCUUUCUUCCUAAUCAUACUACACAUCCUCAAAGGACAUAGCUCGGCUCCGCGCGACACGUGGCUUGCGAGGGUCUUCCGUCUUCGCCGCGGCAGAUACAUCCUCAAGCUUCUCCAUGUCUCGCUUCAGGGCAUAGCGAUGCCGGAGUAGCCCAGAUUGCACCUCGUCGGGCCAAGUCCCCUGGACCACGUCAUUCUUUGCUCGGGCCCAGCGAUCCACCACUGGAUCAGCCCAGGUAGCUAUUCCCCUAGCUAGGGGGCCCCCAGCUUCAGAUUUUGGAAGUAUGGCUGCCCCGACCAAUCUAUUGCUCGCUCAGAACUUCACAGCGGCCGACCUCAACGGCCUCGGACGCGCUGGUAGUCCAGCCAUUACAGGAGGACCGGCCUCGCAGGCGCCGAACGGGUUACAGUUCCAGACUCGCGAGGAGGCGCAAAUGUUUCUUCAGGCCGCGGGCCGAGCGCAGCAGAACAACGGCAACCCAGCGGGUCUGGCGUUGGGUCGUGAUGCGAUGGCAGCCCUGCAGCAUGCUGCACAUGUUGCGGCAGUGAACCAGGCCAAGAUGGGUGGCCCUCCCGGCGCGGGUGCCAAUGGCGGCAUUCGCCCGUCCGUGCCGGGUAUGAACCUUGUUGGUCAGGGUCUCUUGAACCUGCAGGCGGCCAUGAACGCGCAGCGUGCCGCUCAAGCUGCCGCGGCGCAGCAGGCGGGGGGCCUGGCAGCCAACAACCAGGCCGCCCUGUUCAUGAUGCAGAACCAGCUGGCGCAGGCGCAGGCUCAGGCGCAGGCGGUCAGCAACGCCCAGAACAACCCUUUUGGCCUGCAGAACGGCUUGCAGAAUGGCCUGCAGAACAACCCCAUCGCAGCCGCUGCUGCAGCGGCAGCAGCUGUGGCCGCAACCACGCAGGCGGCCCAGGCUCGCGCCGCGGCGGUGGGCAACGCCAACCUGCUGCAGCUGCAGCAGGCUGCGCAGGCCGCUGGGCUGCAGCGCCCCCAGGCCAUGGCGUGGGCGCAGAACCAGGCGCUGCAGAACGCUGCUAUCGCCCAGCACAACCUGGCGCAGCAGAACCUCGCGGGCUUGCAGAACAACCCCGCCCUGCUGGCCGCCGCGCUGCAGGCGCAGCAGGCUCAACAGGCGCAGCAGGCGCGCGCCGCCCUGCAGGCGCAGCUGGUCCAGCAACAGGCUGCGGCCGCUGCCGCUGCACGCCCGAUGGCGCAGCAGGCGCAGGGCAACAAUGCCGCGCAGCAGCUGCAGCUCUUCCGCCAGCUGCAGGCGCGCCUGAACGCCGCAUCAGCAGCCAACGCCGCCCCGCCGCUCAAGCCGUCAGAAGCACAGAUUCAGGCGCUGCGCACCGCGCUCGCACGCACCACCGCUGGUCGCGCCGCGCACAACGCCAACGUCAUGAACGCCAACGCCGCCCAGCGCGUCGGCUUGCAGCAGAUCGGGAACGGUGCCGGCCAGGGGCAGGGGCUCAACUCUCUGCAGCAGGCCAUCAACUUGCAGCUGCUGAUGCAACAGACGCGCAACGCGCAACAGGUGCAGCAGGCGCAGGUGAACAACGUCGCCAACAACCUUGCCGGCAUGCAGAACAACCCGGCGCUGAAUGGCCAGCUGGCUGCACUGCAGCAGGUCGCCGCCGCGAACGCCGCUGCGAACGCCGCCGCAAAUGCCGCCGCAGUGAACGGCCAGCGGCCUGCCAUGCAGGGCGGCGCCGCCGCGGCCCUGGCCGGCAUGGGCGGGAUGGGAGGCGCCGGCGCUGGCGCGGGGGGGCUGAAUGAGCAGCUGCUGCAGAACAUCCAGAAGAUGCAGUUGGCCAAGGCGAUGCAGGACUCAGCUGCGGCUGCUGCGGCAGGUGCCCCCGGCAUGGGCGGUGACAAGGCAGCAGUUGCGGCAGCCGCUGGGGGCGACCCCGCCGCGGCCAGCAACAGCAGCAAGGAGCAGCGCCGCCUGGCGCUGGCCUGUGUGGCGCUGCAGCUGGCGCGCGGUGGCAUGACGGUGGAGCAGGCCAUCCAGUCGGGCAUCAUGGGCGGCAUGAGCGUGACCGACGUGCGCUUCAUCGUGGAGUGCUACAACGCCGAGCGCCAGCGCAUGCAGACCGAGGGCAGCGGUGGCGCAGGCGGCCCCGGCGCGGCUGCGAUUGCCGCCGGCGGCCAGGGGCCGCAGCCGGGCGGCCAGCAGGGCCUGCCGGGUGCCAUGGACCUGGCUGGCCUGCAGGGCAUUGGCGGCCCUGGCAUGCCGCCGCACCUGCCUUUCGCGCCGUCGCCCGCCGCGCCCGGCAGCCCCUCGCUCACCGACCCCGCCUCCGCCGCUGCUGCGGCCGCCGCAAACGAUGCCGCGCAGCGCGCCGGCCCUGGCCACGCCUCUGCUCCCGUCUCGCCGCCGCACACGGGCAGCCACGGCAGCCCCGUGCACCGCGGCCCGCUCACUGACAUUGACAGCGCUGCGCAUGAGACACGCUCCGAGGGCGGAACCUCGGAGCAGCUGGCCGCGGACGCGGCUGCCACCGUCGCCGCCCUGGCCAAGGAGCCCUUCGACGCCUUCUCCUACGCCUUUUUCGGCGGCGACGCUCCACCCGAAGCCGCUGGCGGGCUGCUGGGCGAGCUCGAGGGCCUUGGUGGUGAUGAGCUGGAGCCUGGCAGCGGUGCUGCUGCGGUCGCUGCCGCCGCUGGUCUUGGCGGCGCGCUGGAGGGCGAGGCAGUGGAGGGCCCACGCGCGCCGCAGCCGCUUGGCGCACUGGGUGAUCUUAACCCGGAUCAGGCGGCGUGGCUGCGCGCGGCAGCAUCCGCUAACCAGGCUAUGUGGGCGGGCGAGGCGGGCGAGGACGGCCCCAUGAGCAACGACGAGAUUGCGGCGCGCCUGGCGAACUUGGACCUUGGCUCGGGCUUCUUUUAAACGACGCAUGUCAUCAAUGCUGACAGAUGAUGUACGGGAGUGAGAGAGCGUGAGUGCACUGUGGCAUGGGCAGGGGGCAGGCGUGCAGGUGGAGCAGGGAGGACGUAUUUUGAACGCCAGCAAACAAGGUAGUAUGGAAUAGAGUACGUGAAAAGUACGCGAUGCGCGUUGCACCGGCUUACUGGCUGGGCAUGGGCGCGAGUCAAGUAAUGCCUAGACUGCCGCUCGCAAGCAACGACGUGUCACAUUGUUUUUGCGGCGGAGUGCCAGUGGUUGGUCGAUAACCGUCGUGACAGAAUUGCAUAUGGGAAUAGGGGGUGCUGUGUUAGUAAUGCCGUGGUUCUCAGCAUCGGUUUGAUGAUCACCAAUUAUCAACGAUGACUGCAUCAUCGCGCCAUGUGCGGUUUUGACGACGGCGUGCGCGCGCUCGCGCGUGCAUGCCGACAGCCACGGAACGCCCGAGGAGGCCACAGGCGGGUUUGUGAGUGAGAUCAAAUGACAUGGGGGCAGGGGGCGCACGCCCGGAGGCAGCACGCGCGCAGUUGGCCAUAGCUGGCCGCGCCGGGCAAUAACGGGCGCUGUGUAUCCCCGCCCGGGACAUGCAUGUGCUUGCAUUGUCUACAACAGUUUAGUGUGUUGCCGCUACAUAACUAUUCCUGGAAGUCUCUCUAUAAGUUUUUUGUUUUGGUGUUUGUGUUCAAGGAAAGAGGAGGCUGCCCGCCACUGGGGGCGUCGUGGGCCAGUGGUUGUGUGCACCAGCUGAGCUGUGGACGGUCCAUCGCUGCACUGUGGUAUCGUUCUCGGGUAGGGGAAUGGUGAGAGUCGUGUGUGGUUGUAGAGUGUUAUUGAGUGCAGGUAGGCAGAAAGUUGGGCGGGGCACAAUGGCCCGUGCCCGACAGCACGGGAUGGUCUCAGAGGGUAGCAGUGAGAACCCCAGCGCAGCACAUGCACAGAUGUUAGGUACACAUAUGAAUUUGGGAAUGCUCGAUCUUUGCAUGCAUGGUGCGAGUGUGGCAGGCGUCGGCCAGGCACGCGGCGACAGAACUCACACCAGCAAGUGCCUUCCACGAGGUGCGUGCGCGAGGCUGCUUGUGUUGGCUGGCGGCUGUCGUUUUGAUCUUUUUGGCUGCAAAAUUGGCAGGCAGGGCAAGGCAGGAGAAAGCCUGGAGAGUGGCCUGUUGCAUUGCAGCAGGUGCACGGGGGCGUAGGUAGAGAGUGAAGCGGGGCAGGGCGCAGCCUACAUAAACCAUACGGCAGCGCCACUGGUUCACGGUUGACCGGCAUGACUGAGUGGCUGGGACACGUUUCGUCCCGCCCUCUUGAUGUAUGUCCGUGUGUUUAUCAGUUACGUCAAAAUAAUGACAGACCGAAACACAAGGGCACGGCGGGAUACACGCGCGUCAAAGCAGGGCGUCGGUCCCUGCACUGUACCGGUAUCUUGACUCUUAUUUGCUUCUGCUGUUUCAUUGGGCUUAGUAAGGAUGUAGGCUAGGGGGUGGCGCUCGGCGGUGGCGGGUGCGGGGUGUCCAGGCAAUGGGGCGUGGGGCACGCGGCACCCUCUUUGGCGCGCGCUGGAUGGCUCGAGGAUAAGGACUGUGGAUGGGAGCACGGAAGGGCACGGCGCAUGAGGAGGCGAACGAACAGCCGGCUCCCGUCAGCCACCGAGCCAGUCCGGAGUACAGAUGGAUGAUCGUAGAUAGGUAGGGGCUGCAAACUGAACAUGUACAGCUGCGUGGGCGUGUGGGAUGAUGACCUAUUGUCCGUGUGUUAUCGACAUGUGGGUGGAGCUGAAGGUAGUACCGCACAUGCGCCCCAUUGAUAUCGUCCUGAUAGCACGGAAGACUGUGUGCGUGUGUGUGUGUGUGUGUGUGUGUGUGUGUGUGUGUGUGUGUGUGUGUGUGUGUGUGUGUGUGUGUGUGUGUGUGUGUGUGUGUGCGUGUGAAUUGCAAAUGAUUCAUGGAGUUGGCCAGUGGGGCCCGAUUCCCUUCCAAGUUUUGGCUGACAAGAUUGCAGGCAUGGUGCGAGUCAGGCGUAUGCGAGCGGCAGAAGCCUGAACUGGCUCGGCCCAUGGGCUCGGCCCAGAGUGCAAUUGAGUGUGCCCAGUUUCGCGAUAUUAUGGUUGUGAAAAAUCGGUCGCAUCAAAGAACGAUGAUGGAGCAGUACUGGCCGCGCAUGCCGCCUCGUUGGCAGUGCGUGCGCACCGCGCACAUGCGUGGCGCGUGAGCGAGGGCGGAUGGGCCGGAUGGUGCCCGCCUUGCUAACCACAUAGCGUGUACAACCAUGGGGAGCGUCCACCGCAAGGCUGGGCGUGACAAGCAGGCGCGCAGUGCACAUAGAAUUGUUGUGUCGUGUGUCGUAUACGUACGGUAUGGUCGCGCGCCCGUGGGAUGAGAGCCUGCUGUCGAGUCGGAACAGCGGCAGUCAGUGCACCCGGGAAUGAUUUGCAGGCGUGUUGCGCAUGGCUAGUGCCCGCCUUGGCCUGAAUCCGUUCAUCCAUCCGUCACACGGUGUCGAUAGCCGUAAUGGCCAUGCGUUCAUUUUCUGUGGCUGAGGCGGGCACGCGGCAGGGACUGAGUUGGUCCGAUUAACACGUCUCAAUUGUGUCAAUUAUGGCUGACACGGCCGGGGGCCGGGUGACUGCGAAGGAGUGUGUCAUUUGACUAAUAGCAAUGCGUGUGGAGGUUCGCUCGGUGUGACGUUUAUAAAUGCAUGUUGUGUAAAAAAAAUAUGGCAUUCUGCGUCCGCGAAACGGAUCGGCGUCAAGGCGAAGUAACUCCACGG